UCCAAAGCACAACGUUCACCAAAGCCCUGCGUGUUCACCGUACAACAGAGUCGUGAGAACUUCUGAAAGCACCCAGAAACAAAGAUGAACUGUUCUUCGAUCUAUGCAUUUCUUUUUUUCUUCUUUAUUUUUGAGAAAUGUCAGACUGACUCCCAUUCCUGUGGGUAUCCCCCAUCCCAAUGGUGUAGCAGUUUGGAAAUCGCAGUGGAAUGUGGGGUUCAGAAGCAGUGUUUGGAGUUAAACGCCACCAGGCCUGAUCCAUCUGUCCCUCCUGUAGAGGUAGCUGUUUACUAUGAAAGCCUCUGUCCAGGUUGUAGAACCUUCCUGACUGGUCAACUCUUCCCUACCUGGACAAUGCUCAGAGAUAUCAUGAGGGUACGCCUAGUGCCCUAUGGCAAUGCAAAGGAACUUCCUGAACAGAAUUUGUUUUCAUGCCAGCACGGCAAGCAGGAAUGUCAAGCUAACAUGAUCGAGGCUUGCAUUUUGAAUGUCACUGGCCAUGCAGCGUUUCCAAUUAUUCACUGCAUGGAGUCUUCAGCGGAUGUGAUAAAUGCAGCCCAGCCUUGUCUGCAGUUGUAUGCCCCAUCUGUGAAAUGGGGGACGGUAGAAUCAUGUAUGAGAGGAAGUCUCGGACACCAGCUCAUGCAUGAGAACGCCCUGAAGACCCGGGGUCUCAGACCACAACACACCCAUGUCCCUUGGGUCACAAUAAAUGGGGUAUACACUGAUGACUUGGAAGAUAAGGCAAUGUCUACUCUCUUUAGCCUCAUCUGCAAGUUGUAUAAAGGAAUCAAGCCACCUACCUGCACUGGAGCUCGGAUGAAACGGGAUCAAAGCUUUUGUUACAGCUUUUUUUAAUGUACACCAAUGCAGUUUAACUAUUUCUAAGCCUCGAUAAAGAAAAGCUAGGGUGAUCUUCACAUGUAAGAUGUGAGUUAUGUGCUUCUUAAAAAAUGCUGACUUCAUAUUAGAAGCGGUGUAGCUUAAAAUAACUUAACACAACACUUCUUAUUAGUUUCUGUUCCAUCAUAAUAUUUUACUGAAGACAAUAAAUAAUAUAAAUGCAACUAAUAUCCACAUAAGCAUAUGAGAUUGAAAAGGUCUGAACUUUACAGCAGAGGUAUGGUUGUGCUUCAUGAAAAUGAUUCUAAUCCUGUUAUAGAGCAGAAAUUGCACUAUAUAUAUAUAUAUAUACGCUUGCUUAAGAAGAGUAAACAGAACAUGUACUAUCUUUAUACCAUUCUGUAUAUUGAAACCAGUAGUCAUACAUGAGAUCCCUUCUCUUUCAUCCACCUUAGGUCAAUACUGUUGUUUGCUGAAAUGUUCCUGUUGUUAGAUUGGACCAUUCCACUUUAUGUUUCAGUUACACAAAUGUUACUUAUUAAAGGUGCAUUAGGCAAAAUUUGUCCAGAUUAUGUCUCUAAAGAUUAAACAGGCAAAUAAGAUUUGAAUUAUUUUUUUACUUCUUGAAUCUGCAUCCCAUUCCUGCCCAUGUA